AUGGAUUCGAUUGAACAAAAAUCUGCUGCUCGUACAGAGGCAAUUAGCCCUCAAAGGAAAGAUGAUGCAGUCGAACAAGAAAAUGAUGUUCCACCACAAGCUAAGGAGCUUUUGGGUGGUAAAGUUGUCUCACCAAAAUCCCAAGAUCCAAUCGCUGCAGUGGAGAAGAAGGAAGAGGUGUGUAACUGUUUUUCUUUUAUCUAUUAA